CAACUUAGACUCUCAAAUCUCGAGCCGAGCGAAGAAUGUUCCCAAAUCCUCACUAAAACCCUAAUUUCCUCUACCGUAAACGCUGCAACUCUGUUCCUCCUUGAUGGAUCCCGACACCUCUCCUUCUUCAUCUUCAUCAUCACCGGUAGUGUCAUACCUCAUCAAUUCUUGUGGAUUAUCAGAAGAUCGAGCUGUGAGUAUUGGUAAGAAAUUACCAUUGACAACAACCACAUCAUAUCUAGAGACUAUAAUCACCACGCUUGAAUCCUACGGAUUCACUAAAUCCCAUAUCUCCAAAAUCAUCAUCAAGACACCACGAUUUCUUGAAUAUGGUAGAUGUGGUCAUCUCAAACUCAAACUCGGUUAUUUCAAGUCGAAAGAGAUCUCUACUCUUGAAAUGGUCAAGUUCUUAAUAUGUAGCCCAGAAAUUCUAAUUAGAGGGUUGAAGGACAAAAUCAUUCCGUUGUUCGAUUCCAUCAGUAGCAUCGUUGGUUCCGAUAGAGACACAUUUAAGGUCAUCGGAAACACAUAUAACGAUAUGAGGUGUUUAAGUGUAGAAUUCAUUCAGGAAAGGAUAUCCGGCAAUCUACAGGUUUUGAGAGAUGAAGGUAUCCCUGAAAGGGUUAUAGUCAAUUUUUUGAUUCAAGUACCAAAGGUAUGUUUGAUUAGCACUGAUAAAUUUAAAGAGCGUGUACAAGAUGUUAAAGAUAUGGGUAUCAAUCCACAUAAAACUCCAUCUCGAUUUGUUAGUUGGAUUCGUAUGUUGGUAGUUUGCUCGAAAACCACGUUGGAAGCUAAAAUGAAUGUACUCAGGAAAUGGGGUUGGCCGGAAGACAUACUUCUGGAUCAAGUUUUGAAAAAUCCUGGAUUUAUGACGAUAUCUGUUGCCAAAAUUGAGGCUGUACUGGAUUACCUUGUGACUCAGAUGGGUUAUAAUAUAUCGAGUUUUGUUAAGGUUCUAGGAGUUUUUAAUUAUAGCUUGGAGAAGAGAAUUAUACCAAGGAUUUCUGUCCACAGAUUUUUAAUCUCCAUGGGUUUGAUCAAGUGUAACGGUACUCUGUCCGGAGUUUUAAAUAUCACCGAUGAGAAUUUCUUGCGCAAGUUUGUGAUGUCGUAUAAAGUAGAAGCUCCUGAGCUGUUGCAGAUUUAUAACCAGGCAUCUAUAACGUGUGUCACGGAGGGCUCACAGAGUGAAGAAGGAACAAAUUGUCCAGAAAGGGCGAUAGAGAGUGUAGCAGCUCUACCGAAGGUAGCAAAACUGGUUGACAAAAAUGAUGCUGGCAAACCUAAGAAGAAAGCUUCAUCAAGGGACCUUGUGGAACCAGAGGAAGAGUUGGAUAAGGAAAAAGAAUCCAUGAAAUCCAGAAAGCCUAGGAAGAUUUUGAAAAAGCCAGAGAAAAAGGUGGAUAAAGUACAAGGUGGUGCUGCGGAGGAGAAAGGAGGUCACCAUAACAUAGACUUUGAUGAGGAAGAGAAGGAUAAGUCUAAGGAAGAAGAAGAAACUGUUGUUGUCCGUGUUGUUGGGAAAGUAUUAGAUGGUAGUCUUGCAAUUGGGCUUAAGAGGAAAGUUGCUUUAGAUAAGGAGGUAUAUCCGAAGAAAGCCAAAAAGCCUAAGAAGGUUUUGAAAAAGUCCAAGAAAAGAGUAGAGGAAGUGCAAGGUGAUACUGCAAAGAAGGAAGAAGAGGACAAGUCUAAGGAGGAAGGGGAGACUGUUGUUGUACCUAUGCUGGAAGAGUUGAAGAAUGCCAAAAGGCAUAAGAAGAAGUUUGUGAACAAGGAUGAUGUAGAAACUCCUGAACUGUUGCAGGUUUAUAACCAGGCAUCUAUUACGUGUGUCAUGGAGGACUCACAGAGUGAAGAAGUAACAAAAUGUCCAGAAAGGGCGAUAGAGAGCGUAGCAGCUCUACCAAAGGUCGCAAAACUGGUUGACGAAAGUGGCGCUGGCAAACCUAAGAAGAAAGCUUCAUCAAGGGAUCUUGUGGAACCAGAGGAAGAGUUGGACAAGGAAGAAGAAUCGAAGGCAGCCAAAAAGCCUAGGAAGUUUCUGAAAAGGUCAAAGAAAAGAGUGGAGGACCUGCAAGAUGGUUGUGAGAAGAAGGAGAAAAGAGGUCACUCAAAUAUAGAAUUUGAUGCAGAAGAGAAGGAUAAGGUUGAGGAAGAAAAAGAGAUUGUUGCUGUCCCUAUUGCUGGGGAAGUAUUAGAAGGUAGUCUUGCAAGUGGGCUUAAGAGGAAAGUUGCUUUAGAUAAGGAGGAAGAUCCGAAGAAAGUUAAAAAUCCUAGGAAGGUUUUAAAAAAGUCUAAGAAAAAAGUAGAGGAAAUGCAAGGUGAUGCCGCGAAGAAGGAAGAAGAGGAUAAGUCUAAGGAGGAAGAGGAGAUUGUUGUCGUUCCUAUGGUGGAAGUAUUGAAGAAGGCCAAAAGGCCUAAGAAGAAGUUUGUGAACAAGGAUGAUGUAGAAACUCCUGAAUUGUUGCAGGCAUCUAAUAUGCGUGCCAACGAGGACUUGCAAAGUGAAGAAGUAGUUUUCUGUCCAGAAAAGGCUACAGAGAGUGCAGCAGCUCUUCCAAAGGUAGCAAAAGUUGUUGACAAAAACCAAGUUGGCAAACUUAAGAAGAAAGCUUCAUCAAGUGAUCUUGUGGAACAAGAGGAAGAGUUGGAGAAGGAAGAAGAAUCGAAGACAGCCAAAAAGCCUAGGAAGAUUCUCAAAAGAUCAAAGAAAAGAGUGGAGGAACUCCAAGAUGGUUGUGCGAUGAAGGAGAAAAGAGGUCACUCAAAUAUAGAAUUUGAUGCAGAAGAGAAGGAUAUGGUUGAGGAAGAAAAAGAGAUUGUUGCUGUCCCUAUUGUUGGGGAAGUAUUAGAAGGUAGUCUUGCAAGUGGGAUUAAGAGGAAAGUUGCUUUAGAUAAGGAGGAAGAUCCGAAGAAAGUUAAAAAUCCUAGGAAGGUUUUAAAAAAGUCUAAGAAAAAAGUAGAGGAAAUGCAAGGUGAUGCCGCGAAGAAGGAAGAAGAGGAUAAGUCUAAGGAGGAAGAGGAGAUUGUUGUCGUUCCUAUGGUGGAAGUAUUGAAGAAGGCCAAAAGGCCUAAGAAGAAGUUUGUGAACAAGGAUGAUGUAGAAACUCCUGAAUUGUUGCAGGCAUCUAAUAUGCGUGCCAACGAGGACUUGCAAAGUGAAGAAGUAAUUUUCUGUCCAGAAAAGGCUACAGAGAGUGCAGCAGCUCUUCCAAAGGUAGCAAAAGUUGUUGACAAAAACCAAGUUGGCAAACUUAAGAAGAAAGCUUCAUCAAGUGAUCUUGUGGAACAAGAGGAAGAGUUGGAGAAGGAAGAAGAAUCGAAGACAGCCAAAAAGCCUAGGAAGAUUCUCAAAAGAUCAAAAAAAAGAGUGGAGGAACUCCAAGAUGGUUGUGCGAUGAAGGAGAAAAGAGGUCACUCAAAUAUAGAAUUCGAUGCAGAAGAGAAGGAUAUGGUUGAGGAAGAAAAAGAGAUUGUUGCUGUCCCUAUUGUUGGGGAAGUAUUAGAAGGUAGUCUUGCAAGUGGGAUUAAGAGGAAAGUUGCUUUAGAUAAGGAGGAAGAUCCGAAGAAAGUUAAAAAUCCUAGGAAGGUUUUAAAAAAGUCUAAGAAAAAAGUAGAGGAAAUGCAAGGUGAUGCCGCGAAGAAGGAAGAAGAGGAUAAGUCUAAGGAGGAAGAGGAGAUUGUUGUCGUUCCUAUGGUGGAAGUAUUGAAGAAGGCCAAAAGGCCUAAGAAGAAGUUUGUGAACAAGGAUGAUGUAGAAACUCCUGAAUUGUUGCAGGCAUCUAAUAUGCGUGCCAACGAGGACUUGCAAAGUGAAGAAGUAAUUUUCUGUCCAGAAAAGGCUACAGAGAGUGCAGCAGCUCUUCCAAAGGUAGCAAAAGUUGUUGACAAAAACCAAGUUGGCAAACUUAAGAAGAAAGCUUCAUCAAGUGAUCUUGUGGAACAAGAGGAAGAGUUGGAGAAGGAAGAAGAAUCGAAGACAGCCAAAAAGCCUAGGAAGAUUCUCAAAAGAUCAAAGAAAAGAGUGGAGGAACUCCAAGAUGGUUGUGCGAUGAAGGAAAAAAGAGGUCACUCAAAUGUAGAAUUUGAUGCAGAAAAGAAGGAUAAGGUUGAGGAAGAAAAAGAGAUUGUUGCUGUCCCUAUGGGCGGGAGAGAAUUAGAAGGUAGCCAAGUAAGUGCCCUUAAGAGGAAAAUUUCUUUAGAUAAGAGGGGAGACUUGAAGAAAGUCAAAAAGCUUAAGAAGGUUUUGAAAAGGUCUAAGAAAAAAGUAGAGGAAGUGCAAGGUGAUGAUGUGGAGAAGCCAGAAGAGCAUAAUUCUAAGGAGAAUAUAGAAUUUGAUGCAGAAGAGAAGGAUAAGUUUGAGGAAGAAAAAGAGAUUGUUGCUGUCCCUAUGGGUGGGAGAGUAUUAGAAGGUAGUCAAGUAAGUGCCCUUGAGAAGAAAAUUGCUUUAGAUAAGGGGGAAGAUUUGACGAAAGUCAAAAAGCUUAAGAAGGUUCUGAAAAAGUCAAAGAAAAAAGUAGAGGAAGUGCAAGGUGAUGAUGUGAAGAAGCCAGAAGAGCAUAAGUCUAAUGAGGAAGAAGAGAUGGCUGCUGUUCCUAUGGUUGAGAAUAUAUCAUAAGAUUGUUAAGCAAGUGUGCCUCAAGAGGGAACUUGCUUCCUGUUAGAUGGAAAAUUAGAAGAAAGCCAAAAGGCGUAAUAAAUAAUAAUUGAUCUACUCGUGAGCUGGGGCAGGUGUUGGGGCUUCUGCUUGUUAUCUCUGCUCGAGAUUCAGGUAUUGUACCACGGGCUUCACAUCCACUUGCGGAAGACUUCAAUUAUGAGUCAUCUGCAGUUGUUUAUGUUAGCGGACAACAUAUGCCAAGCCUUCAGUUCCCCAGGACAAAAGCUAUGCGAUACAUGAAUGUUUUGUCGUCCUCCUCGUUACUCUCAUUGCUCCAUCUGCAAUAAUUGUGUGGAGAAUUCAGUCACCACUGCCCUUGGGUAGGGCAGUGCAUUUGGCUGCGUAAUUAUCGGUACUUCUUUAUGCGCAUAAAGAGAUUCUCAUAAAUAAAAGAAUCUCCUGCAUCAGUGGUACUGAUGGCAUAUUGUUCGAGUAUCUCUCUGGUUUGUUGGUGGCCUCACCAGCUUCAUUUUAUACCUCACAGGCUAAACCAGAGAACGAUUUUGGAAACAGUAUAUAACAAAUAUGGAGAUACCUGUAGAUGAUCACAUGACUAGUAUAUUUGGUAAUUUAAAGUUGGUGUGAGAGCUGGAAUUGGCUUGAUCAUACCCCAUAUGGCUGUUCAGUAAAUAAACCAAUCUCUUACACAGGAAUGCUCCCUGUAGCUUUCCAUUAGCAUUGAUGAUUUUGAUAUAUGCAGCAGACUGAGCAAAGUAGGUUGUGAUUCAUUCAUUUGAUGAUUUGUCCUCGGAUCAGCAAAAUCCUAGUGUUCACACAUUCUAGUUGUGGAAGAAAAAGCGGAAGCUGGGAAAUGGCACCAGAUGUUGUUGCAUUCACAGCAGAAGCAGUAACCAGUAAACUUGUCCAGUAUUGAUUGUUGUGUUGAUGUCUGCAGACUCUGCACUCUUUUACACCAACACGAUCCCCCUGGGUUUCUGAAUAUUGUAAUUUAUGGGCAGAGAUUGCAACAAGAGCAGUUCACAUUUUGAAUUACACAACCCCUUUGUGAAUCUGACACAUAAAAAACUGUAGUUUGGGAGGUAUAAUUGGACCCACAUGCAAUGAAAGGAACAGUUAAAGCAUAACCUUGAAGUGCUUGAGCUUGUUCUAUCAACCAAUUAUAGCAUGACUUAGCGGAAUCCACCUAAGCUUGUAAGAAAAUCAUAAUGAAAAUGGGGCACAAAAUACAAGCUUUGAAUUCUGAUUUUCUUA